CGUGUGAGGCGGCCCAAGGGGCUCCAUCCAGCCGGCGUAGAAGCGCAGCAGAGGCCCACCUGCCACCCUCUUGUGCGGAGCUGGAAGCGGAGGAGGGAGAUUUGAGGACGUUUAUUCUGAUCCUCCCCGGAUAAUCCUGGAAAUUGCUUUCCCAUCUCCGCCGCUCCCUCCCCGCCUGCCCAUCUGCGAUGUUUUAAGAGGGCCAAGCGAAAAGCCAGCCUCCUCGCCUCCGGGAAAGACCCUCGCCUCUGCCCCAAAGAUGCCCACCUCAAAGCCGCUGGAGGACGAGUACUGGAUCGAGGGGUCCCGCAGGGAUGCAGUCCUUGAGGAUUUCUACAUCAUGGGCCCGGAACUCGGCAGGGGAGCCACGUCAGUGGUGUACAGUUGUGAGGAGAAAGGAACUAACGUCCAAUACGCUGCCAAAAUAUUGAAGAAAACGAUCGACAAGAAAAUCGUCAGGACCGAAAUCGGUGUGUUGCUGAGGCUGUCGCAUCCGAAUAUUAUCAAACUCAAAGAGAUCUUUGAGACUACCUCGCAGAUCACCCUCAUCCUUGAGCUGGUGACAGGUGGCGAGCUGUUUGACAGGAUCGUUGAACGGGGUUUCUACAGUGAGAAAGACGCAGCUCACGUGGUGAAGCAGAUCCUGGAAGCUGUUUCCUAUUUGCACUCAAAUGGCGUGGUCCACCGUGACCUGAAACCGGAGAAUCUCCUCUACGCAGAUCUCUCUCCAGAUGCUCCUCUCAAAAUUGGUGAUUUUGGACUGUCCAAGAUUGUGGAUGAGCAGGACACGAUGAAGACAGUGUGUGGCACCCCUGGAUACUGUGCACCCGAGGUUCUCCACGGUUCUCCCUACGGCCCAGAAGUGGAUAUGUGGUCUGUCGGUGUCAUCACAUAUAUCUUGCUUUGUGGCUUCGAGCCUUUUUUUGACCCGAGAGGAGACCAAUAUAUGUACAGCAGGAUCCUAAACUGUGACUACGAGUUUGUCUCUCCGUGGUGGGAUGAAGUGUCUCUCAACGCCAAGGAUUUGGUUCAGAAACUGAUCGUUCUGGACCCCCAGAAGAGGCUCACAGUGCAACAGGCUCUGGAGCACCCCUGGGUGAUGGGCAAAGCUGCCAAGUUCGCCCACAUGGACAGCACACAGAAGAAGCUGCAGGAGUUCAACGCGAGGCGCAAGCUGAAGGCUGCGAUGAAAGCUGUGGUAGCAUCUAGCCGGCUUGGCAAUCACGGCCACCAUGACAGCUCCAGGAACGGACGGCACCAAGACACCCCCAAGGAACCAGAACUGGUCCAAGGAGCAAGGGGCACCCUCCUCCUUGAGGACCAUGCUUACAAGAAGACGCCCUCCAGGACCGGCGGGGUAGCGGAUCCUACUCCAGCUGCCUCAGAGAAGCUCGAGGAGACCCACAGUGCCACGGCCGCAGCACUCAACGGCUCCAGCGGCGAAAGUUAGCCCUGUGCAAGCCUGGUUGCUUUGCUCCUGACAGACGUCGAAAGGGAGGGGAGGGAAGUCUGUCCUCAUCACCGCAGCAGAUAGACCAAAACAAGAAGACAAAAAAGAUGAAGAAGAAAGGGUGGAAAUAAACAAACAAAGCCACUUGGCGCGUUUUAAGGCGGCGUUCUCGGACGACGAAGGAGCAGCCUAUCUUGAAAGCUAGCAGGUGUUAGGAGGCAGUGAUGUUGUAGUGUGUAGCUUUGCUUACAAAGGGUGCUGUGUCGAAGAGCGGUUUGUCGUCUACGGCAGUUAUUCCGGCCCCCGCCCACCCCACAAUUUUCCGACAACGUCCUCUUUCCAGAACGUAAUUUUAAAAUCCCUCUCCCAACCAAUGGCUCUUUAGAGGAAAAAGGCUAUCAAAGGAGGAAAACUGAGACAGGCUUUUAUACUAAGACCAUCAGAAGAGCCUCGCAGCCAGAUCAAGCCAGAGCGAGGACAUCUAGUCCAUCGUCCUGUUUUCAUGGUGGUCCACAUGCACUGAUGGAAAGCCUGCAAACAAGGAUUGCAGCAGCACACUUUGCCAUUUGUGAUUCCCAGCGACUUAGUCUUCAGAGGCACCUUGCCCCCAACAGGGCAGGUAGAACACAACCACCGUGGCUCAUAGCCCCUGAUACACCUAUCUCAGUCUCAGUCAGUUUUAUUGCACAUAGCCAAAGGCUGCCGCAAUGUACACAGAAUUAUUUGACAAUUAAAAGAAAAUAUACUGAAUUGAUAAAAAAGACUUAAAACA